AUGCAGCCUAUUAUGCUCAACGAACAAGCCAUAGUCAACAACCUUACCGAAGAUAACGUGACAAGGAUGUGGGCUAGCAGAACCACAUGGGAGGACGAACAGCUCUACAUAGUCCUCGAUCAGGGCACUACUGACAUCGGUCAUCCUGCUAGUCUGGUCGUCAAGAAGUUCCAGAAUGAGAACCCAGCACUGCAGGUGGACGCCAAUGUCAAGUACCGCUACAAGUCGGAGAUGAUCCUGUUAGUCAGCAAUUCUCACGAUAACAUCAUCAAAGUCAUAGACCUCAUCGAGAGGGAAGAUGCGAUCAUGCUCGUUUACGGCUAUCCGGUGAACGGCAGCCUUCGAUCCUGGCUGCACCAACCAAUGGAUGACCGUCAGCCGCUGAGCUGGCCGCAGAGGAGGCUCAUUGCCAUUGGCACGGCCAAAGGGCUCCACCACCUGCACUAUGGAUGCAAUAAGCCGAUUAUCCACCACAACAUCAGCUCUGACAACAUCUUGCUUGAUCAGAAUUGCAAUGCCGUGAUAACCAAUUUUGAUGAUGCAUGUAUGCACAUGGCAGGGCUCGGGCAACCGUUGCCAAUCAUGGGCGUGCGUCCUGGGAACUUUGGGUUCGCGGCUCCAGAAUAUGGGAACACGGCAAGCCAUAUGACGGAGAAGGUAGACACUUACAGCUUUGGUGUGAUUUUGCUGGAGCUCGUCACUGGGCGGAUGGCCAAUGGAGCUGGAGGGGAUGGCAACCUGGCGAUUUGGGCGCACAAAGUGAUUGAGCUAAUGGCAAAACAACCGGAGAAGUUCGAGAGUGUUGUGGACAAGCGCAUCCCAGAUCAAGCGCGGUACAUAGACGACAUGGCAAGUGUAUUCAGGCUCGGCGUCGAUUGCACAGUUGUGGAUCCGCAGCAAAGGCCGUCCAUGCAUAUGGUUCUCAAACGACUCCACCGUCUCCUUGGGUGUCGCCCAUUUCGUGGCCUCCUCACCCGGCUGUGA